CUCACAAUUUCUAUCAAAUGGAAAGUAUUUCUCCAAACAAAGAUGAUUUCUACUCUUACUACACGAGUGCACCAACUAGUCCUAGGAGGUACAACCGUGCAAAUGAUUUUUUCUUUCUUAGCAUGCCUACUAGCCCCUCAAGGAAUUCAUCUAGGUUCAAGUCCGGAUCGAUAACACCCGUGAUAUCCGAAAAUUACUCUCCUUACGCGGAUUUUGAAUUUGAGGGGAGUAAGAGGUUUGACCCCUAUGAGAAUAAUGGGUUUGAAAAGAGUGGAGAUCUUUCUAUAGCGUAUGCUGAUGAGUUGUUUUGUGAUGGGAAAAUGGUUCCCUUAAGGCUCCCACCACGAGCCCACGACUCGAGGGUUGAUAAAAGACGUGGUAAUCAUUCGACUGCCUCGUCUCCAGGGGGAAGAAGCUCUAAGGUCAAGGUGCCAUUCUUGAGGCAAAGGAGCUUGUGGAAUGAUGGGUUUGAUCCAUUCUUAGCUGCUUUGAACAAGGUUAAGGAAGAAAAAAAUGUGAUGGGCUCAAGUGAAAAGAAGGCCCAGCUUAGGCGGUCCAAGUCACUCUCACCAUUUAGAAGGCCCAUUGGGUCAGCAAGAUGUGAUACCCAUCAUAAACAUAGCAAAGUGGUUCUAAGCCCAAAGAAAGAUGAUUUUGGGCCUUUUAGCCCAUUUAAUCCAAGUGAUUUUGGGCCCAUCCUAGAACUCAAAGAAAAUAUGGGGAAAUCUGAGUCUUUAGAGUGUAGGAAGCAAAGGAUAAAGAAAUACCUAUUAAAAAAUGCAUCAUUUGGGAAGAAUGUAAAUGAGGAAAAGAAACAACAUAAAACUCCUUUGUUGCUGAGGAAGAUGCAUAAUUCUCAGAUAUUUGGCUUGAAAAACUCAAACACAAUAUUCAGGAUAUCUAGAGGAAUGAAGAGUUUGGUGAAACACAGAGCAAGAAUUUUCUAUUGCUUGGCAAAGGGUUUUGGUAUUAAAGGCACAACAAAGAUGAGUUAGAUAUUCAACAUAUAGCUUUUUUGUGCUUAUAAACUUUAAUGCCAUCAAAUAUUGAAUUGUUUUCCAUUU